UACAACUCCCACGGGGCAGCGGGACGCCGCUCCCGCACCAACCGAGCGGGCCGGCCACCUCGCGGCGGGUCGGGGCUGCCGCCGCGGGGGCGGGGCGCAGAGAUGGCGGACGGGGUCGCGGGCAAGGACAAGUGCGGGGAGCCUCGGCUGGUGUCGCUGCCCCUGUCCCGCAUCCGGGUCAUCAUGAAGAGCUCCCCCGAGGUGUCCAGCAUCAACCAGGAGGCGCUGGUGCUCACGGCCAAGGCCACGGAACUCUUUGUUCAGUAUCUAGCCACCUAUUCCUACCGACAUGGCAGUGGAAGAGAAAAGAAAGCUCUCACUUACAGUGAUUUAUCAAACACUGCAGAAGAGUCGGAAACUUUUCAGUUUCUUGCAGACAUAUUACCAAAGAAGAUUUUAGCUAGUAAAUAUCUGAAAAUGCUUAAAGAGAAGAGGGGAGAAGAGGAGGAGAAUGACGACGACGACGAUGAGAGUGAUGAUGAAGCGGAAUCCUAAGCCAAAAAGAAAUGCGUUAGUGACCGGCCGGGGAGCACGGCUCCGGGAUGAACACCUUUGCUCUGAGCAAGCGUCUGCUCACUCUCGAGACACCCCAGGGACACCACGUUCCUUCCUGGCUGAGAUGGGGCGUGAGGUGCCUCUGCUGUAAAUAGCCCAAAGCAGAGCGUCUCUUUCCCAGGCCCACGCUGCAACCGGAGUGGGGGUCCAAACAAGGGGCUUCGAGCUGGGGUCACAGCCAGUCUGCAGCUCUAAGCCGUUGAGGCCAAGGCAGCUUUGCUUAGCUUUGUAGCUUACAGAUAGAUUUUGAAGAACUUCUAAAUAUCAGUUGUAUAAAUUCACAUGUGUAUAUUUUGAAAUUAGUUUUUGUAAACAGCCAGAUCCGGUUUUAGCUAAAAUACGUGGUCUAUGGGUAGUAUGUUACAUCUGAAUUUUUGUAUUUCAAGAAAAUUUGUUUGGCAUUGUAUUUGUUCAAAUAUUGCAUUUUUUUAAACUGUAAAGAAAUAACUUUUUAAAUUAAAAGCUAGACUUUUUACAGUAAAGUGUUUUAUGGAACUAGUUUUAUUAAAACCCUUUAUUAUUCUAAUGCCUUGGUUAUUCUGAGACAUUUGUGAAAUAUAAAAAUAAGCACUUUCUCUUACAUUUAUUCCUGAAGAAAAAUUUUAAGCGAAAUUAUUAAGUCAGAUACAAUAAGAAAUAGUACUUCUGCAUAGUGUAUUUUUCUUUCCUUUUUUUUUUUUUUUUUGUCAUUUUAGGGCCACACCUGAAGCAUGCGGAAGUUCCCAGGCUAGGGGUCAAAUCAGAGCUGCAGCUGCCAGCCUACACCACAGCCACAGCAACUCGGGAUCCAGCCUCAUCUUCAACCUACACCACAGCUCAUGGCAAUGCCAGAUCCUUAACCCACUGAGCAAGACCAGGGAUCGAACCUGCAUCCUCAUGGACACUAGUCAGGUUUUACUGCUGAGCUACGACGGAAACUCUUUUUUUUUAUUUUCCCACUGUACAGCAAGGGGGUCAGGGGAAACUCUCUUAAGUGUACUUUUCUUAAAAAACAUUUAAGACAUUUUGUAUAUCAGGGAAUCUCUACACUUACUGUUCCUUUCUUUACACUCUCGGGAAUCGUUUUUACUGUCCACAAGAGAAGACACUAAGCACUAUUUUUUUUUCGCAUAGGGUUAAAUUUUGUCUCUCUUUUUAAAAAAACUGAGUUCUGAUUUCCCCCAGUGAAAUCUUUUGGUUUUUUUUUUUUUUUGCUUUUUAGGGCCACACCCGAGGCAUAUCAGAGUUCCCAGGCUAGGGGUCAAAUCAGAGCUACAGCUGCCAGUCUACACCACAGCUCACGGCAACGCCAGAUCCUUAACCCACUGAGCAAGGCCGGGGAUUGAACCGGCAACCUCAUGGUUCCUAGUCAGAUUUGUUUCUGAUGCGCCAUGACGGGAACUCCGGUGAAAUCAUUUAAUGUCCGUUCUCUUGGCUGUGUAAGCAGUCAGUAUACAGGACAGUUCCAUCACCCCAAAUACUCCUCUUUACCCCUUGUUAGUUCCUCCCCUCACCCCAGGCAAUCACUAAUGUUUUCUGGACGUUUUAAAAUUUAUUUAAAAUAUUUUGAAAUCCACUUUUUGGGGGAGUUCCUGCUAUGGCGCAGAGGAUCUGGCGUUGCUGCAGCUGUGGCAUAGAACCACUUUUUGGGAGUUCCUUGUGGCUCAGCAGGUUAAGGAUCUGGUUGUUAACUGGAGUGGCUUUUGGUUGCUGCUGUGGCAUGGUUGGACCCCUGGCUCAGGAACUUCCAUAUGCUGUGGGUGGGGCAAAAAAAACAUGUAAUUAUCAGAGUUGUGAUUAAAAAAAUACAUCUAACUUGGUUUAUCUCAAUUAUUACAUUUUCUGUAAGGAACAUAUUUUUUCAAAAAAUCAGAAAAUAUGGGAACAAAACUUUGACUUUCUUUAGCAACAAUGUAUAUCCUAGGGAUUUUCAGCUAUUUUUUGGUUUUCUUAGGCCAACCUACCGUUCCCAACACCAGGUACAGACAGAAAUCAGACACAGCCAGAGCAGGCAGCCUGGCAGAAGGUGUUCAGUGACCCACCAGGCCUGCACCCCAGGUGUGGGCAGCACCGAUUCCCACGACACGGAGCUUAGGGCUCUGCACUUGCUUGGGGUUUAGCUGAAUGGCUUUUGACUCCCUUCCUCAAGGCUGCCAGAGAAGGAAGACCCAGCUCAUGCCAGACACAUCUGUUCUACCCAGUGCCCUCCCGGAGUGUGUGUGCCCAGCCCCCACAUCCUCGGGGUAAUGCCUGGCUCUGCUGAGUCCACUGUUGAAGGAACAGGCCUGUACAGAAUAAGGCUUUAGACUUCAGUCACCGAAGGCAGGUUUCCAUCUCAGAAGCCUGGAAUCUGAGCCUGUGCUGAAGGAAGUGCCCAAAUAAAUGAGUAAUAGAAGCGCUUUUGGAGAGGCAGCUGUAAAUACGAGGAAUUUUAUUUUAUUUUUUGCUGACAUACUAUGAGGCAAAACAAAAUUGACACCAUACAAAAUAACUUUAUAAAAUAUCAUUCACAUCAUAUUUUAUCAGAUUUACAGCAUUCUGUGCAUGUUAAGGGUUAUGUAAGGAGGUGAAAAAACACUAUGCCAAACUUUUAGUAUUAGUUUAUAUACACACAAUAAGAAACAAAACAAGUAACUGUUAGGUUUUCCAUGAAUUUAUUGCAAAAAUAGUGCAAACUACUUAACCUAGUAAGCUGUAAAACAAACUCGAAAGGACCCAGCUAAGCUUAAACACGACAAUAGAUGCUCAGUGUCUCAGCCUGUAGCUUUCUUCACCAGUUUGUCUUUGUCAGUCAAGACCACUCCCCAUCUGUUCAGUUGAGGGCGAGUGCUGGGGAACAGAGAUGUGUGAAGACUGGCUCUUCAGAGGCCAGAUCGAUGCGGCUGCCUGGUGCCAGCAAUACCUUUAGGGUCAUGCUACUUACUUACUCAAUGGCAAUUUGGUGAGGUCUGUGUGGAAAAUUGGAAGAUGCCAUGAUAUUUAAAUCUGACUUUAGAAACAAGUUGUCCAACCUCUUGAUGAAAUGGAGAAAAGAAUUAAGAAAGCAGCAUGAACAGAAAGGACUGGGAACAUUAUUGUCUGCUUAUAAACAUGGUAUCCUUUUCUCAGGUGUAUCUGGGUAAAGUAUUCAUCUACGGGUGGGCAACCUUUGAACCAGAGAGUUAAAAAAAAAAAAAAAAAGUUACUGUAUCCCUACAAGAGUAACUUUAAAAUCUCUUUCAACAGUCUAUUGGGGUCCAAAAAGCAUAUAUCUAAACAAAAUAAUACAAGCAGAACAUAACGCUACGUCUAAAAGCUAAAGAAACAAGAUGCAGCAUAUUCAGGCUCUUUUUCUUGAGGUACCUACAUAAAUUUCAUUACCUGCCCCAAAGUACUCAUGUUAGGUAAAAAACAAAAUGCUUACUGGUGAGCCAAUUGUAGGGCAUCUAUUAUUAUUGAGAAAGUGCAACAACGCUGAUCUUUAUAUGCAGCAUACUAAAGGAUGAUUUACUCUUUACAAAAUAUAGCUUAAGUAUCGACCUGAUGGAAGUUUAAAAAUUAAAAACAUUUAACUAGAAUCAUCCCAUUUUUGUUUGAGAUCCUGCAGCAAAAAGCCUCCCCAGAAUCAACUUUCAAAGUUUUGCCACUAAGGAAUGUUGGUUCUCUUGUAAAAUUCAGAGAUCUCUUUAAAAUAGUAAAACUAUACACUACAGGAAAGAUCCCUAAUUUUUAUUUCUUAUUGGUAUAAAAUCAAAUUCUUAAGACUCCAAAAUAUUGUGUUACCUCCAAAGAAUUACAUUAAAAAAGACUGCCACAGUAGGAAAAGUCUAGACUUGUAAACUGCCAAAUAUAAAAGCAUGGAAAGUCAUCGAUCUCCUAUCUUAUUUUCUCACCUGCCAGAAAGCUUUCGUAACUUACAGAACCCCGGGGCGAGGGGGGGGUUCUCACAGCACCCCCCGCCCCCCAGACGGCCAAGGGUUCUCCCCUCCUCUGUCAAGUUCACCAACACCCCCACCAGGAGGUAGGAAAAGAUGAAACCGACAACCAUCCAUCCGCUGCUUAUGAAAUCAACUCAUAAAGGCUGCCAGAGGGACGGGGGCACUGGAGGUGAGAAAAAGCAAUGACGGGUAUUUGUGAGUGUUUUGGCCGCCCCUCCACUGGCACAGAAAAUGAAGUGAGAGCUACAAAUAUAUGCAUAGAAGAGUUUGGAAUUUGCCUGUAAAAUGUCGAGUUUGCUCUUGGACAUAAUUCUUUUUUUUUCCUUUCACAAAAGGGCAGUUGGGAUUCCAAUAUAUGUUAGCAGUUGGCUGGGGUGUUCUAUCAAAUUCCAUGGCCAAUUGGGCUUUUUCUCCCCACAUACAAUAUAAAACAUUUAAAUUCCAUACUGAUUUUUUCAAUGCAUUAGGAUUCAACACAAAAGGCACAAAAUAAAUAAAAGUAUUAUUAAAUAAACAGAAAUUAUGAUUUCAAGCUUUGUUUGGAGUUACAGCUCACUGUUUCGUUACUUUUUCCGAUUUAAUUUGACAGACUUAGUAAAUAGCACCCAACUGUUUAACUGAGGUAGAUCCACAUUGUAAAGAAAGCUGGGUCCCCUCCAUUUUAUGUCUAAAUUGAAGAUGCUUUUACAAAAACAAAAAUCCAUUUAAUCAUGUGCAGAAGCAAUGACAGGUGGUACUACCUGAAGAAAACUGAGAACAGGAGCAGGUCUGCAAAGAAGAUUUAUGCCCAAAUGAUACUCUCCAUCGGCUAUAAAUAAACCUCAGAAGGAGGGAAAAAAAAAAAAACAUCAAACAUUAAACAGAACCCUGAAAAAGUCUCAAGACUUUUAGAAUGGUCUUUUUGACUGACUGCCACAGAAAUGCACAAUGGUCCAUUUUCAUCAAGCAAUGGCAACAGCCAAGCCAGACCAGAAAUUGGGGGUGCGGGGGUGGGGGUCAGAGAGAGAAAGAGGGAGGGGGAGAGCGAGAGGUCUGUAUCACUGAAAGUUUCCCUUUGUAACUCUGGAGAAAAGACUUGUUGAAUUAUGAUAUAGCAUCUCGAAUCCGAACAGGUUAAAUUCAUUCUGCCUAAUAUUUUUGCAUACUCUGAAACUUAUACAAGUUUAACAUCUGAUUAAGGCUUAAUUUAAAGUGGCAUCACCACCUAGCAUCAUGCAAGCAUUGGGCAUCCUCAAAACACACAGAAUGGCAUUUAACUAAAGACAAGGACAGGAAGCCUCAGAAUCGUAUUUAGCAGGUAUUGUAAUUUUAUGUUUAAUUUUACAAUUCAUGUAGCAAAUGAAAAGUUAUACAGCGAGGCCAAUGUUUAUAAAUACUAGUUUAUAUAGGAACUGUCAAUUUACACAACAGCACUGCACGGUUUCUAUACCGCAAGCACAAGACAUGGUCACACAGACCCACCAUACAGGUAAACACGUCCGCAGACAGCAGGCGGAGCACCACCCGAAAUGGGGCCCUUGUAGCUGCUUAGCUUCUUAGAAAAGAGUAAACUUUAAACGACCAUAAUACAUUUUGAUUCAAAAUGUCUUCUAAUUUUUUUUGGGGGGGUGGGGGAAAAUUAAGAAGAACAAGGUCUACCUAUAGAACGUUUGAAUUCAUUUUUGGUUUUUUCAAUUAUUUUAUAAAAAUAAAAUAAAACUAGAAAAGUUGAUAAAACUCAGGGUUAAAGCCCCUCAAUACAUAUUAGGUAAGUCAUCUGAAAUGUACCAGAGGUAAGAAAAAAUCUGGAUUUAGACACUACAUUCUUUUCUUGUAUUUAAUGAGUAAUUAGCCACUUUGCUGCACAGAAACUUACAAUUAUUCCCUUAAAACUUCUUAAAAAGUAAAAACUCACUUGCCUGUACAGUUACAAAACAUGAAUUUAUACCUUCAACAACUACAUUUAAAAUUCACACUAGCAAACUCAGGAGUCAAAUCUCACUUUCGGGCUAAACUACAGACUUGCGGGAAUUCAGUCAUGGGUGUAUUUGGCUUUGAAGAGGAACCCAGUCGGUCCUGCACAGCCUCUGCUGCCGCCGGCACCUCUGCAAGGAAAGGGCUGCUGCCCUUCAGAGUGGGGGCCCGGGGAGCAGCCACCACGAAGGCUUUGCUAGACAUUCUAAAACAAGUAACACUGGAUUAUCUCCCCCACUCAACAAAACCAAUAAGAUCAUUCCUCGAUGGGGAAGGGUGGUUUUUAAUUAGACCAUCAGCCAAGAAAAACUGCUCAACACCUGCCUUGGAAACGUCAGAGCUAAGACCUGCAUUUUCGAGACGUCAAAACCGGAGUCCCGCGUGCACGGCUCCAGGUGACAGCACCCCCGAGGAGGAAGCAGUUUCCCCGCACACGGGGAACGGCCGAGAGAAGCCCUCCAAAGGACGGGAAUGGAAAUAGCACCUCACAACCGAGGACUCCACGCUCGUUUUACAAAGACACAAUGCCGAUUCCAGCACCUUCCUUCUAAAAGCUUGGUUCCAUCACACUCGCUACUCUUGCUGAGUGACCACGAGAACAAACCCCCCGGGUGCCGAUGGUCAGUCGGUGCCUGCCUAAGAGGUGGGUCCUGCUCCCUUUCCUGGAAGCACAGCAGCCGUGGACUUGCUCAGGGCCCGGGGAAAGCCUGCAACUAGAACCCAGCAGCUUCCGAGAGGAGGCAGUGCAUCCGGAGUCGAGGAGCAGGAGCAGCUGCCAAGGCAGAGGGUCAGUGACCGACGGUGACACAGGACAGCAGCCCCAGCAUGGCUCCAGGAGGACGCUGAGGACCGGGCCUGAAAGGCACAGAGGCUGAGGCUGUGUCUCUCUCCAGAACACACUCGGCCGGGCACCGGCAGGCACCAGAGGACGCCUGGGUGCCCCCUGCUUCUUGGGUCAGAGGGGCCUGCCCUCGGCCACUCCCCAGGACUGUUCCCACAGCUCCAGAGUUCAAAGGCGCCCCGGGCCCGACACAAGCACCCAGUUCUGUCAAGUGGUGCCAGGCAGCCAGUGUGCACCGCAUGCCCUGGCCCGGCGGGGCAGGUGUUCUGGGAUCAAGCCACGGUUCUAAGGACCUCGCAGGCUCAGAAAGACCGAAUGAGGUUGGCCUCACCAUCGAGUUCCUGGAGACAUGGGGGGUGGGGGUGGGGGGGUGUCAAUAUUUGGUGUUUUAGCUUUAACUCUGAACUGCUUCAGUCGGAGGAAGAUGUAAACAGGAGAUACCUUGGCUGCUCUACCCGCCUGCCUGAGGAGGGGAUGGGGCGGGGGCCGGACUCCACCCUUCGGUCACACCUCCAAGGGCUUUCCGAGAUGCGACACGGGACAUUCUCACACCAACACGAAGAUAGAAGAGGGUUAACAAAAGCGCAGGUAACCCUCAGCUCCCUCAUCUUACUGAUCUUUCUUGAAUGCAAAGACGGCCCCACCCCAGGGCUCCGGAGUCAGGCGUGCAAAAAGCACGGGUCCAUCCGGGUCCAAAAGUUUGCAUCACUAACACGAGGAAGGGCCAUUGGGUAGCGGCCCCCGAACAACCCUGUGAGACUCUGGCUGAAGACGAGGCCGCCUCAGAGGGGACUCCAGCAGCCCUGGAAGCAGACUGGCACACGUGGUGGGCAACCCCCCCAGCGUCCAUGCUGCUUGGGGUGCGUGCCUGUGUCUACACCACAGCGUGACUGCGGGAAGGCCUCGAAGGACACUUAAAGCGCACCGGGUGGCCUGCAGACAGCAGCACCCAAGGCAAGGACCGCCGCGGAGGCCGCACCUGGCACCUCCCCGGCCCGCGGCGAGGUCUGCCCAGCGUCCAGGGCAGCGGAGCCGGCUCCACCCACCUGGGCGUUUGUGACGCGUCAUGCCCACCUGUCCACGCAGGAGCGCACUGCGCAGGCGCCCUGGAGCAGAGGCUCGCCUUCCGAAGAUGAGAGCGGUGAGGAAGCCAGAGGGAAGACACGGAGGAGGCAGAGGGUGACAGUGACCAGCCCACCGCAGCGCGUGGGCGGAGGACAUUUCUGGCAGCAAGUGGUUAAUCACACGUGAAGACACGCCCUCCCAGGACGGCCUCCGACAGCGCGAACUCCCGCUGCCAGGUGCCGCCCUGGACCCUGUGUCCCUUUCAAACAAAGGGCCUUGGAUUUGAAGAGAACAUUUUGCUUUCAAACCUUGGAUCACUGUAAAGUUUGGAGUGACAGUAACUCAAGGUUCCCACGCCAAAGGUCAAUGACGUCGGCAUUGCGUUUUGAAACCAUGCAGUCCACGCAGCAUGCGCACGAGCGUCAGUGUGUGAGCACCUUUGCGGUUUCCGAGCGUACAAAGAGGGGACAGCGAGGAAGGGCCAUUUGCAACCCAGUCGUAAGGAAAGCGGGAGCAAAAAGGGCAUUCUUCGGGCAAAGAGGAAAGUGAAAAGCCAGGAAGGCAGCUCGUCUCCAGGUCCGGCCGCCCCACGGCCCCGCCGCGGACAGUGCAGAGGCCCUCUCGUUUCACGCCUGCUGCUGGCCACUCAGAGGGCUAGACGCGCGGAGCUGGGCGGCCCUGACAGCAGGGGAUGGAGGGGACUGCCCGUGGGUCACAGUAUGGCACACGGUUUUCAAGCCAGAACCGGACAGAGAGAUAGAUGUUCACAAUUCAGUUUAUUCAGGCAACGUUUUGGCUAUUUUCAGUGUGGAUAGCUCCGCUGAAAAGCAAACGUGAAACUAUUGAGAAUUCAGAGGUAGCCUUUAUCUGCAUUUAUUUUUAAUCUAAAAGGUAUUUAGAAACCAGCUUCUGUAGUGAUAUGGCUGAGCCAAUACAUUCACUUUAGACACUAAAAUGGCAAAACAUCCAAAAAAGCAUUAAGGGAGGGCACGGAGAUGGCACCAACGUGACAGUCACACACACUCGGGUGAACGGUUUGGGUGUAAAGGCCCCUUUGUGUGUCUGAUGCUGGGCUGCCUGACCACAAACAGAGCGACACCCUGUGGGCUGGAGACACACUUCAAAUCUGGCAAAUGGCAAGGCCGAGAGGAACAGCACUGGACUUGAGGUCUGCCCAGCAUCUAUGGGCUAAGCCACAAAGGAUGGGUCUGACCCCACAGCGACCUCAUGGCUUUAGUAUGACGGCUGACCCAAGAGAAGCCAGGGAGGCCCCAGCUCUCUAGGAACAUGGGCCAUUCAGACGCUUCCUGCCCACGCUGUCAAAUGCUGGACGGAGCUCGAAGCAAAACGCUUUAGGGAGUCACGGCAAAUGACAAGGAAGCCAACAGACCAAAAGUGUUCCACGGAGUGACAGUGACUCCUCUUAGCAUGAACCCUUCGGACGGCAGGGAGCGCACGCUCUCUCCUUCCAGAAGACGGCAACUUGCUUUCAGGGAAAGACAGCAAGGACGAGGAGGCUCGACUGUCCUUCGUGCCUGGUCAGCAGACACGGCUGGAGAGGGGAAGGGCGGCGCCGGUCCACGAGCUCCGGCGCAAAAUGCUGAGCAGACGCGGCGGUCUCGCGAAACAAAGCAACGCGCUGCGGUCACGUCAUUUCUGCUAUCCUACCUCUAUUUACAAUCGUGUCAAACGGGUACAGCAGAGGCCAGGUUGGACGUGAUAAAAAAGCAAGCUGUCACAAAAUCAGUGCAAUUAUUUUGAGUUGAGAGUUUUCCUUACCAAAAGUUUCAGUGUGUGUGUAACACGGACACAGCCCUAUCACAAAGUCACACGUGCACUUGCCUACACUGAACAACGUCACAGCAGCCAAAACUGCUGGCACGGCAGCCAGAGAGAGAUUCAUGGUUGCUUCGGGGGGAGGGCUGAAGAUACAAACACCAUAUUCGCAUCUGCAAGUGAGGGGCACGAACACUGAGGAAGUUUCUACCUACUGUACAUUCCUUUUCUCAGGAGCGUGAGAGAUGAGUGAGCGGAGGUCACAGGAAAAUGUCUAUGGCUUGUCUGGGCCACUGGGAUUGUCCACUGUCUGGAUUACGUCAACGUCUAAAGCUCCCAACGGAACUUCCUUAAGAGGUGUAGGAAAAUGCCCAUGAAAAAUCUUCCUAACUGCCCAAGAGAUCAAAGUCCCACUGAAGAAGCCCAUCUGGAUGCUGACAGACGGCUCGGUGGGACAAGCCCCGUGCGUCCACAACGCGGAGCGACCGAGAGAAGCCAGCCCAGCCUCCCAAGGCCUCCUGGAGACAGUCUGGUGUCCCAACUGCACGGCGCUUGGCUGGUCUGCCCUUAACAUAUUGUAUCAAAUAUAUAAUCUGACUGAAAAACUGCCUUGUAAAAAUAAAAUUUAAAUCACCCUGCAGAUCAAUGUAAAAUUACACUGCUGCAUUUAUAAGAAAAACAAUUCAUCCAGAAAAACUACAUUUGUGGCUUUUUCAAAAAUAAAUCAUCCAGCAAACUCGAGGGUAAACAUCGGGUAAUUUAUAAAAGUUGGGGAAAAUAAUUUCUGUCAUAUCCGUCAGGUACCAUGUGCACUGGACUGUCCACACUAGCCAAAUCAAACCAGAGCAAAAAGGGAAAAUAAAUAGUAACAUCUGCCUUGAACAACAAUAAAAUAACAUAUAACACUGAGACCUGCCCCCCCCCACGCCCCACCUGCUAUAGGAACUGAACUGAAUUUGUCUUUUCUGAUGAGCACUUGAUAGGGUAUAAACAGCAGUCACAGAGCUGGAUCCGGCCAACCUCAAACGCACGGAAUUUGCCGUUUCCAGCAGCUCCCUCGUGGGGAGCCCAUGGUUCUCGGUGCAGACACUGAUCGCGGAGUGUGAGAACACGCCAACGAGCCACACGAUCUUGAGAAGAAAAAGCAGACCCUAAAAUGCAGUGUCAAGUGUGUAUGCGAAGACGUCUUCAGACGGGAAACCAAACCCAAAUACAAAACAGUCCCUUUCUAAAAGUACAAGUAUGCCCAGUUUCACAACAUUUAUCUGAGCUUAUAAUAAGUCCACAAACAGCAGGAUGGAACCUCAGCAGGGCCAAAGAGUUCUCCUACAAAGGGGCCGCGUGAGGCAGCUCCCUGGCCUCUUCCGUCACUUAGCUAGUAGGGCGAGAGCUCUAGUGGUGAGAGGAUGGGAACACGUUAGUUUUGCUCACAGUGAGUAUUUUAAAACACACUAGGAAGAGUUCCAGCAUAACAGCUACUUGGGAGACCUCUUUUUCUGUCUGCUUUUUUUUUUGUUUUUUGUUUUUUUUGUUUUUUUUGCUUUUUAGGGCCACACCCGUGGCACAUGGAGGUUCCCAGGCUAGGGGUCGACAUGGAGCCACAGCUGCCGGCCUACGCCAGAGCCACGGCAACACUGGUUCCGAGCCACGUCUGCGACCUACACCACAGCUCACGGCAACGCCGGAUCUGUGAACCACCGAGCAAGGCCAGGGAUCGAACCUGCCACCUCAUGGUUCCGAGUCGGAUUCGUUUCCUCUGCGCCACGACGGGAACUCCUGGGAGACCUCUUUUAAAGAGAGAAAUCCCAGUUUUUCUUUGAAAGGAAUCCAGAUUUCCACGCCACAAUUUUCACAUUUUCACAUUCAGUACGCUUAAAGCAAGGCUCACCUUCCUUAACAGUGGGGCGGGACAAAGCCGGCGAGCGGACGCCUCUGACUUCCGCACCCGGGCCUCGGGAAAGCCGGCCAGGGCAGGCGGAGGCCGGAGGUCCCCCUUCGGCUUCCACAUGAACGGAGCUUGGACCUACUUUACUGCACUUUGAGGUUUCACAACGCCUCAAAAUUGAUCCUAAUAAGGGGGACUGAUAGAAAUUCGGGAAAACAGUUAUUUACCUGAGAAACUGUAACUACAGCCAUUUGAACUCUGAACCAGGAGACAUGUACAAAGGUAUGCAGCUCACCGAGCUGGAGAGGUUUGGUUUGUUAAUGCUUUUAAGUAGUCAAGUUUUAUAAAACAAUCACAGGGCUAGAAAAAGUACUUCUUCUCAAAGUACUCUGGCCCUCUGGAAAGAAAACCCUUCUUUCAAAAUGACUUUUAAAAAGAUGAAGUCUAAUUUUUCCGCCAGCCUGCGAGAACCCGGCCCCGAGGGCCACGGCCAGCGCAGGAAUCUGCAUUUUCACUGCCACCGCCCAACCACCGAGACCCUGCUGCAGGUGCUACAAACAUACCUCUGAGACACACGGUUCUAGACGAUCCUAGAAAUGGCUGAAAACUAACCUAAUCUCAGAUGGAAAAGUGUGUACUAGUGAAGAGAGUCCCUCUGCAGCUUGAAUGCUUCUGCUAAUUUAAGCCAAGAGUGUACGGGUAUCCUUCUGAAUAGGACAAAGUGCCACUUGCUAAUAAAACAACAGGGAAUUGCAACAUUUCUUAGAGCAGAGGCUUCUGUCAUUUAAAAAGACCAAAAAAAAAAAAAAAAAAAAAAAA